AUGACGGCAGGACCACAACACCGUCAACAGCAGCAACCGAUGACGGCAGGACCACAACACCGCCAACAGCAGCAACCGAUGACGGCAGGACCACAACACCGUCAACAGCAGCAGCCACCGCCAUUUGGACGAUCGAGGGAAGCUGUAUACGACGCUCACGGAGCUAUACCCAAGCAAGGGCAGACGGCUGCCUGGCAAGAGACGCGGCCGACUCCACGACACCGCCCUGUUCCGCCGCGUACCGGCCCGUGGACACCGCCUCCGCGCCGCUUAGUGCCGCCGCCAGAGCCCAGAGCCACCGUAGUGUCGCGAGUGCCACCGACUCGGCACCGUCCGCGCCGCUUAGUGCCCCGCCAGAACCAUCAGGAGGGCACGCGAUCCCACCCAGAGCCCAGAGCCACCGUAGCGUCGCGAGUGCCACCGACUCGGCACCGCCCGUGCCGCCACUUCAGCGCCGUCCGAGCUGAGAGCCCAGAGCCGCAGCGCCGCCGCCUUAGCACCGCCCGUGCCGCCACUUCAGCGCCGGCCGAACUGAGAGCCCAGAGCCGGAGUCGCCGCCGCAGAAGGACGAAGCGCCGCACGCUCCGACGCCGAAGCCGCCAAGGGCUAAUCCGGUUAGGAUAG